AUGCACCACUUCGUCCUCGCUCAGAUCCUCUUGGCGGUCUCCGUCCUGUCCAACGGCGCCCUCGCCAAGGCCCUCGUCGUCCGUCAGACCCCGCCCACGACCGGCCAGCCCACCGCCAUCUCGUGCGGCGAGUACUCCCGCAUCGCCAACCUCUCCACCGUCGGCGCCAACAGCACCUACCGCGCCACCUUCUUCGACGCCUCGCCCGCCGGCAACAGCUUCAACGCUGCCGUCCUUGACGCCGCCAUCGCCAAGCUGCCCUCCGUCAUCAUGGACCGCGCACUCAACGAGGCCUGCGGCAACCUGACCGCCCUCGCCAUCCAGGAGGCCGCCAACAACUUCACCAUCCGCACCGUCCUGCAGUUCUCCAACAUCCCGCCCGCCGAGCCCCUCGACACCUCCCUCCACAUCAUCUUUGUCUGCGCGGCCGCCCUCACUUUCAUGACCGGCACCUGGGUGGCCAUGCCGUGA